AUGGCAGAGAGUUGCGUCAUCUCCGUUCACUUCAUCGGGUCAGACUCUACAGAGAGCGCAACCCAGGGACCUUCCUCAUCCAGGCCCAAACUGUCAACGCUACUAGGCAGAUCCAGUGGCAGACCUUCCAGGUCCAGGCAAUCCAGUUGCCCCAGGGGGCAGGCCCAGGCCCAGCAGCUGAUUUUAGCCCUGGUUCAUACCCUCCGUCUGAGCCAGACAAGCCAGAUCAGCCUGCCCAACCUCCAAACAAUCACAGUGAACUUUGUAGCACAAGCUGGAGUUCAGUACACACAGGGGGAGGACACAAACUUUCCAAUUGGUAUCCAGAUAAAGGAGGAGCCAGACUCUGAGGAGUGGCAGCUGAGCGGAAACUCCAUGCACAACCUGCGUGUUCCAAUGAGAGAUGAGGAAAUCGAUACGGCGGGCGGGGAGAGCAGGAGGCUCCGCAGAGUAGCCUGCACCUCAACGCAUGCUUAAUUGCAUUUUUAAUCUAUUCAGACUUGUAAAAUUAUUCAUUCAAGUCCUGUUAUUGGUUUCGCUUAAACUGUGUUAGUUGACAAACUGCACCUGGGUUUCAAAUGGCAUUAAGUUGAAUAUAUGAUUUUAACACCAGAGUAAGUGCAUUUCACUAUGUACUCAUUCACUGUGUACAUUGAUGCAACUAAAAUUAUUGUACUUGCUUUUGUUGUCAUUUUAUUGUAUAUUUGUUAAUGUAUUAUAGUAUAAGCCUUUGUGUGUGCAAUAAUACAAGAACAGCCAUUUACUGUACAUAAAUUGGUGACAUUUGUCUCUGCUUUUAAACCAUAAACUAUUUUCAAAAAUAACUAAAUUACUGAAAUGUACAAACUAGGAAAUUGGUGAAAAUGAGGCAAAAGUAAUUAAACUAGGCCUCAUACCGGUUGUAGCCAAAAGUUAAGUUAGAAGUUACCGAAGAGUUAACAGGACUAAU